AUGUUAAAGCCAAGUAUUGUUGAACAUUUCAACAUUUCAAUGUUCGUCAACGUUGGACCCGGAUUCCACACCUGGAAUCAGCCCGUAAGGGCCCAUUACCUUGAUCCAAGAUUGAAGUCCAGGCCCACUAAGCUCAAAGAAGACCUCGAGCCCACCAAGCAACUCCAUCGUAGCCAGCUAACUGCCAUCCGAGCUAUUCCGGUCGACGUAAAGACGAGCUCCAGCUCGAUCAAGGACCAGGUCGGCACAACAAAGAAAGACGAAGUCAAAGAAGAUCUCCUUCAAAUCCGGUCUGGUCCGAGAUCACCGGGAUCGUUAGCUGCACGUGGCGAGAUACGCGGAGCUGAUGACACAUCAGUGUCCCCAGAAAGUGCCACACUUGACGCACCGCCGGUCUCUCUCCUCACGAAGACGGUUGCGUCUCCUCGCCGGGGCUCGCCAGGGUUCACGGUUCAUGGUUAUCCCUCUCCUCCGCUACCCUCCUCUGUCAAUUUUGAAGAAUUACUCGUAGCUCCCACUGCGGAGACUAUCACGGCUCUCCUCCUGCGUUUAUGGUUCUCGGUCUCGGUCUAUUGCCAGUUCCGUUUAUUUCGCCGGAUCUUGGUCUCCGAUGAUAUGUCGCCCUCAUCAGAAUCGUUCCAGGGUACUCUGCUUUACGUUAGAAUCUAUUUUGUUAGCUUCGCUUCCUUGAGAGGUGAAGAGAAAGAGCUUGAAGAUGCUCAUGGUACAAUUUUGGUUGGAGUCAUGGGAAACCUUGAAUCCGGGAUGCUUAACUCCUCUGAAAUUAGGAAGAUGCUUAAACCCGCAAGUUGUGAUUUGGUAGCCAAACAGGUUGCUCCGUACAAGAAGGUACGACGAGUUGCUUUCAUAAGCGCAAUUCCAAAAAACCCUGCUGGCAAGAUUCUGCGUCAAAAUCGCCGUGGAUGGCAAUGCGUCUAA